GAGCAAUGCAACUGCCGGAAAGAGCAGAGAGCAGAACCUGCGGAAUGUGAAUCUGCUGCCGAGACGAUCUUUAACCCUCUACACCUUUAAUUUUGACGGGAAAACACGUGGUUUGAACUGAAAUGCUGACCGCUUCCCCGAGCAGAUCGAUGCUAAGCCUCACGUUUACCUUUCCUGAGGUCAUAGUCACAAACAGCGUAUUGAGGGCCUCAUCAAGGAUUUUGACCAGGGGUGCCACUAAUUCUGGGCAUCUUGUGAAAAUGCCGCUACUUCCGAGUCUGCCUUGCGUCAGCUGACCACGGAUCAGCCAAUCAGAAGCCGCUCACUCUUGUAAAUACACGGUUGGUGAGGGUCAGGUUUAAAGUCAACCAAAGCCACAGAGACGAUCAAAACACGGACAGACAUGACCGUGGAGACAAGAGACAGGGACAUGUCGGGAGCUGCCAAAACCUCCAGCAGCAGCAGUGGCAGCAGCGGCCAGGAGGGCCCUGGAGGACUGUGGGACUCUGUGAAGAAAGCUGCGUUUGUCAUCGGAUCUGGAAUCUUAUUCCUGGCUGCGUUCGGCAACUCGCUCACAUGGCAUCUUCAGAGGUUCUGGGGAGCUUCGGGAGAUUUCUGGCAGGACUUGUGGACCAGGCUGUACUUGGCAUUUGAGGGUCACGAUGCCGCUUUGUUCUUCUUCGGGACAAUGUUGUUCCCCACUCUGACCUUCUGGAUGUCCAACGCUCUGCUGCUCAUAGUGGACAUAACCGGGAAACCCUCCUUCAUCGCUCGCUACCGCAUCCAGAUGGACAAGAAUAGCCCGGUGGAUCCAGUUAAGCUUCGUCAUGCGUUGAAGACUGUCCUCUUCAACCAUGUGUUCAUCUCUGGGCCUAUGGUGGUGAUCGCUUACUACGUGAUGAGCUGGAUAGGAAACCCCUGUGACCCCGAGCUGCCCACCUUCCACAGGGCCCUGAUGGAGCUGGCUGUCUUUUCCAUGGUGGAGGAAAUCAUGUUUUAUUAUUCACACAGGCUCUUCCACCAUCCCGGCCUCUACAAGCAUUUCCACAAACAGCACCACGAGUGGACCGCCCCCAUCGGAGUCGUCGCCAUCUACGCUCAUCCUCUGGAGCAUGUGAUCUCCAACAUGCUGCCGGUGGUGAUGGGGCCGCUGAUGCUGGGCUCCCACCUGACCACCACCACCAUGUGGUACUGCUUGGCUCUGUUCAGCACCACCAUCUCCCACUGUGGAUACCACCUCCCCUUCCUGCCCUCCCCCGAGUUCCACGACUUCCACCACCUCAAGUUCAACCAGUGUUACGGGGUGUUUGGUGUGCUGGAUCGGCUCCACAGCACAGACGCCAAGUUCAGGCAGACCAAGCAGUACGAGCGCCACGUCCUGCUCACCAGCCUCACGCCUCUGAACGAGAGCAUCCCCGACACACCCAAGAAGGGCCAGUGAUAGUGUGUGUGACCCCUGACCUCGAACCUCAGGCCGACGCCUCGCCAAGUUUGGGAUCAUCAUUCACACUCAAUCGUAAAUGACUUUUGACAUUGUGAUUAUUUUAAU